AUGAACUCCUUCACCUCCUUCGUCAACCCCCAGGACCUGGAGAACCACGGCGCCGGCGACUUCCAGGACUCGUUCUGGCAGAUGCGCAUCGACCAUACUGGCUUCCCCCAGCCCUACGAUGCCGCCGUCAUGACCUCGACCGCCGACCGCACCAGCAGGAAACAGGACUCGGCCCUUGACCUCACCUCCUUCUCCAACCAGACCUACCCAUGCAUCCGCCCAGAAGACGACUUCACCACCUUUGUCAACACGGCCCAAUCAACCCCAACCUCCAACACGCCCUCGCCCCACGAGACCUUCAUCUUCAGCAAUGCCAAUUCGCCCGGCGACUUCAACCGGGAACAGAGUCAAACCAGCUCACCCGAGACGUGUGCCGACUCCCUGCCCACUGACACCUGGCCUGCUAUCCACAUUCCUCAGCCCAUCAAGCAAUCGACUGUCUCAAUUGCUCUCGAUAAGAACAAGAACCGUGCUGAAACACAAAUCAAGACUACCGUCACCAUGGAUCCCCUCUCCCCCCACUACCAAUGGAUACGCUUCCCCCGUCAAAAUCUUGCAAAGCCAAAGCAAAUGGCCAGCACCGAGGAAGUCGAGGCGAACGAGAAGAACAACAGCACCGCCCGCUUGCAACUGACUUUGGUCUUGGCAACUGCAGUUGACAAGCCAGAGGGCCUGGAGCGUGCUUUCCGUCGUGCACGGGGCGAUGAGCCAACCCCGCGUCGCCCGCGUGGAGUCGCCAUUACCGACAUUGCUAAAGAGGACCGAUGCCACCCUCAGAACGGCGGCGCAGUCAUCAUCUGCGAGGGCUGCAAAGAGCGUGAGGCCAAGAGGUUCAACCGCAAGAAGAAGCGGGAAGCAGACGACGAGAAGGAGUGGUCGAGCUACGAAGAUGACCGCAUCAUCAUGAUCAACGAGAAGGAGUUCAAGAGGUGGCAGGACAACGACAGCCCAGACUUCUCUUCUGCUGCGAAGAAGGUUGAGUUCGUUAUGCGAAUUACAUGCUACUGUAGGCAUCAAGAAGACAAGUCGCCAGUAGGCUACCGCGUUAUUUUUACUUUCAAGGACGCCAAUGAUCACUUGCUCGCCCAAGAGAUUUCUGAGAUUGUUCAAAUUACAGACGACCACAAGAACAAAGAGAACCCAUCAGAGACUCUGAGUGCUCUGACCAUCCCCACGGGCCCCCACGAGGCCAUGCCUAUGCAGUAUGCAGUUCCCAUAUCAGAAUACUCUCCUACCGUCUGCAGUAGCCAGUACUCGCUACCCACUACCCCCAUUGUUCCCCAGACACCAGGCCUGCCUCACUCUCAGAGUGUCUUCUUUCCACGAGAAGCACAGUACUCUCGAAUGAUGGGCUCUACUAUGGCCGCCCAGGCAUCCAACCAAACUGGUAUGGGUUUCUACGGCACUGGCAUGCCUGCACCACCGCCAACCCAGCAAUACGCCAAUCACCAACGGGGACAAAGCUACUUCCCACCGACCAUGCUGAGUCCGACAGGAGAACAGGUCCCUAGCCAGAACGGCUACGCGCUUCAGCGUCCUCACUCGUUGGAUAGCUUCCCACAGACGUUCAACUUUCAGUUCCCGGCACAACCAUCAUAUCCACAAAUGUACUCGUCCCAGCCACCAUCUCGGGCCACGUCACGACCAGCAUCACCAACAUGGGAUCAAGGAAGAGGUGCCAAAAAGAUGCGUGCCCAGCCGGGAUUCAUGUUGUAUGAAGAUUUCGAAGAGUGA